UGUAUACAAUUAUUGCGUGGGUCAAUCCCCGCAGUUGAUAACAAUUCAAAUCCAAUCAUCAUGACUUUUGGUGAUAUCUAUAACGGUUUCUUGGCUAUGUAUCAGCUUUUUUCUUCUAGUGAUUGGGCAAAUGUGCUUUAUAAUGUCUUUCAAUAUGAAUCUGUUAGUGGAUCUGUUGCUACUUCUAUAAUAGCAGUUGUUCUUUUAAACAUGUUUAUCGCCGUUGUGCAAGAAAAUUUUGCAAUUGCAGAAGAAGAAAAACAUAAAAUUCAAGUAGAAACUUUUCGUAGGAAUGCUGAUCCUACCAUAAAGAAAGAUGUUGUGAUUGAAAGAUGGAACAUUUAUAGAUUUUUUAAAGAAAAACCAAAAGCGCUAGCCAUUGAAAAUCUACCUUCUUCUUUAAUUUUACAUACACAAAAAAGUCGUGUUAGAGAACUUCUUGAAGAUGAUGAUAAUACGAAUAAAAAG